CAAUUCUCACACGCGCGCGCCCAACACACUAGCCUGCAGGAUCGUCGAGCGCGAGGCGGCUGCCCCGCCGGCCGGUUCGUUCGCUCUAUAGCUUGAGACCGAUCCUAGCUAGGCCAAGACGAUAUCGGCGGCGAUGAUGAUGGACGCGGCGAGGAUCGUAGAGUACUUCAAGGGCAAGUGCAUCCUCGUCACCGGCUCAACAGGGUUUCUUGGAAAGAUCCUUGUGGAGAAGAUACUGCGGGUGCAGCCUGACGUGCGCAAGAUUUACCUGCUUGUACGCGCGGUCGACGAGCCAUCAGCGAAGCAGCGCGUCCAACAAGAGGUGAUAGACACGGAGCUGUUCGGCCUGCUGAGAGAGAAACACGGCAAGGGCUUCCAGCAGUUCGUAGAGGCCAAGGUCGUCGCUUUGGCCGGAGACAUCGUAUACGACGGCCUGGGGCUGGAGGCAGCCGUGCUGGACGCGCUGGCCAAGGACGUCGACGUCAUCGUCAACAUCGCAGCAACCACCAACUUCUACGAAAGGUAAUCUUAAUUAAGCAGGACGUCGAAAAGAAUGUUGUAUGUUUUGAACGACUUCGACGAUGCAUGCAUGGCUAUGGCUAUUACUUGCAGAUACGAUGUUUCGCUGGACGUGAACGUGCUGGGAGUGAAGCACCUGUGCAUGUUCGCCAAGCAGUGCGCGAGGCUCAGGAUGCUCAUGCACGUCUCCACUGCCUUCGUCUCGGGCUUCAGGGAGGGCCUCAUCCUGGAGAAGCCCAUCAAGCCCGGCGAGUCGCUGCGGGAGGGCACGUACCUGGACGUGGACGCGGAGCUGCGCCUCGUCAAGGAGGUGAAGAAGUCGCUGGCGGCGAACGGCGAUGGCGACGGCGACAGCACGGAGCGGAAGGCCAUGAAGGAGCUGGGCCUCCGGCGGGCGCGGCACUUCGGGUGGUCCAACACGUACGUGUUCACCAAGGCCAUGGGGGAGGCCGUGCUGGGCCAGCAGCUCCGGGGCGGCGACGUCCCCGUGGCGGUGAUGCGGCCCAGCAUCAUCACCAGCGUCCGGCGCGACCCGCUGCCCGGGUGGAUGCAGGGCACCCGCACCAUCGACAGCAUCAUCAUCGGCUACGCCAAGCAGAACCUGUCCUGCUUCCUCGCCGACCUCCGCCUCGUCAUGGACGUCAUCCCCGGGGACAUGGUGGUCAACGCCAUGAUGGCGGCCGUGGUGGCGCACUCGGAGGCGUUCGCGCCGCCGCUGCCGCAGGUGGUGGUGUACCACGCCACCUCGUCGCUGCGCAACCCGGCCACCUACGACGUGCUCUACCAGUCCGGACGCCGCCAUUUCUACGAGAACCCGCGCGUCGGCAAGGACGGCAGGGUCAUCCCCACCAGGGAGAUGUACUUCUUCACCAGCAUCGCCAGGUUCCACCUCUACAUGACUCUCAUCUACAAGGUGCCAUUAGAGAUUCUGCACCUUGUGAAUCUGCUGCUCUGUGGCCUUCUCUCGCGGCUCUACAACGACCUCAACCGCAAGUACAAGUUUGUGAUGCAUCUGGUUGACGUCUACGGCCCAUUCGCCUUCUUCAAAGGAUGCUUCGAUGACAUAAACCUGGAGCGGCUAAGGCUGGCAAUGGCGAUGAAGACCCCUGAGGAUCAAAUGUUCAAUUUCGACCCUAAGACCAUCGACUGGGACGAUUACUUCACCAGAAUCCACAUCCCUGGUAUUCUCAAGUAUGUGUGCAAGUGAAGCCUUCUUUCUUCAGUCUAUUUGCAGCAUGCACAUGCUUCUUCUUCGCCUUCUUACUAUCGAAAGUUAAUGGCUCAUAUUCUUUAUGAAAGAAAUUUAUACCACUCUGUUUGGUUGUACCUGUUCUAUGGAUCGACCGGGUGUUACCAAGAAACAAAAAUAAUUCGAUCUCUGCUAGAUUGAUAUAGUUCUGUAUGGGAGAGACUGAGGCCCCUCAUAUCGUAAAUCAAUAGUGAUCGUCAAACGAGUGUAUGCUGUGUUAGGUGGCAGCCAAUAUGUAUCUUGAUUAAUUGAGAACUUGUAAUCUGUGUCAUAUGUACGCGUGUCACUGUCAGUGACAAUGAAAAGCAAAUGUAAUAUCUAUUUAU